AUGGCCCGCAAGGCCGCCGUCAAGUACCGCUCCCUGCGGUCCAACCUCGUCCAUCUCCCGCUGUCCCUCUAUGCGUCGCUGGCGCAGUCCCAGACGAGCCUCAUCCUCCACCUCGCUCCGCUAGUCCCGGCCUCCAGCUCCAGGCGCCCACCGCAACCGGCCUACCUCGGCUGGUCGGGCUUGGCGGCCGCGAGCUCCCUCUCCGGUAUCGGCGGUAGCCAACUCGAGACGAUCGAGGUCGACCCCGAGGUCGCACUGAACUAUGGCUGGGCCGAGGGCACGAUUGUGAGUUACUUCGGCCGAGCUUCACAACUGACACCGCAGCUCGAGAUCAGUCUGAUCCACAACCCCACCAAGGCACGCUCCGUGUCCGUCACUCCGCUGUCAGCUGACGACUGGGAAAUCCUGCUCUCCGAUUCUGCUCAGCUAACCACAGAUGCGACCAACCCCCCAACGACGUCGUCUUCCGUGGUUCUCGUGAACGCCGAUACCGAGAUUUACGUUGCGCCCCGUCCGCGCGACAUGGAGAAGCCAAAGGAGGCGCCGAAGCAGAUUGCCACGCCCGCUGUGCCGGUCAGAACCGACUCACACAAGAAGACGCCCUCAGCCCAGUCGGCUUCCCUGCGACUGAUCCCCGCCCGUGUCGCGGUCGGCUGGGGCCAGCCGCAGCUCAGACCACGUUGCGAUGAGAGCGGGCCGCUGUUCGUUAACAUUAAGCGGGAGAAGGAGGUUGAGGAGAAGGAGGGCGAGGAGCCGACACCCGAGGGCGAACAGGAGGAGGAUGAGGAGGAGCCCGCGCUCCCCGCUUGGCUCGUUGCUUGGGACCAGAUGCCUGCUGGAGCCGCGACGAUUGGCGGAGAGGAGCUCGACGCGGAUGUUACGCUGGCCGAGCCGAAGAAGAGCCACAAGGCGAACGGUGUGCUCUCGCACUCUGUCCUUGUUGCGCCGUCCGAGAUUGUGCCCCCGCUCGCGGCCGUCGACAAUAUCAUCGACGAUGCCCUCAGCUACCUCCGCCGCGGCGCCCUUUCGGGGCACGCAAAGCCGCUGCUUCUCAUGGGAGGCAAGGGAUCUGGCAAGACGGUGAUUGCGAAGACGAUCGGCGAGCGCCUCGAACAGGAUCGCGACGUCGUUGCGGGUAAGCUUUACUACGGGCGUCGCCAGCUGACAUCAGAACUCAUCUACAACGACGUUGGACGGCUCGACCCCGACGCGCGUGUGACGGCGACAAAGGAGGCGAUCUCGAAGUGGGUCGAGGACGCUGAGAAGCACGCACCGUGUCUCCUCGUACUCGACAACCUCGACCUGCUCCUCGGACCAGAGCAGGAGAACUCGGCAUCUUCGAACCCCUCGAUCCUCGCGGAGCACUUUGCACGCCUGUUCUCUAGCCAAAAUCUGCCGCCCGGGGUGCUCGUGCUGGUCACGACGACUGGAUCGGCGUCGCUGCACCCGCUGCUGACGUCGAAGCACAUUUUCGGAGAGCAGAUCAAGGUGCCAUCUCCGACUAGCGCCAAGCGGCGCGAGAUCCUCGAGGCUGUUGUGCGUGCGCAGGAGACCUCGCCUUCCGAGCUCGACUACGUCACCCUCUCGACGCUGACGGAGGGCUAUUCCGCGUCCGACCUGAACGACUUUGUGACUGGCGCAUCGCAGCAGGCCAUGAUCCGGUGUGCGCGCGACGGAACAGAGUCGGACCACCUCACGAUGGACGACUUUAUCGCCGCCCAGGAGGCGUUCACGCCGUUCAACCUCCGCGGAGUGUCCCUGCAGAAAUCGGAGGUGCGCUGGGCCGACAUCGGUGGUCUGCACGAGGCGCGCUCCAUCCUCCGCGAGACGCUCGAGUGGCCGACAAAGUAUGCGCCCAUCUUUGCCAAGUGCCCUCUGCGUCUGCGGUCCGGUCUUCUGCUGUACGGAUACCCCGGUUGCGGAAAGACGCUUCUCGCGUCGGCCGUUGCUAAGGAGUGCGGCCUCAACUUUAUCUCGGUCAAGGGACCAGAGAUUCUCAACAAGUACAUCGGUGCUUCGGAGCAGAGUGUGCGCGACCUGUUCGAGCGAGCGAGCGCAGCCAAGCCGUGUGUCUUGUUCUUUGACGAGUUUGACUCUAUCGCCCCGAAACGCACGGGUGUCACUGACCGUGUGGUGAACCAGAUGCUUACGGAAAUGGACGGUGCGCAGGGCCUGGAGGGCGUGUACGUUCUGGCGGCGACCUCGCGUCCCGAUCUCAUCGACCCCGCGCUGCUCCGUCCCGGACGUCUCGACAAGGCGGUGCUCUGCGACAUGCCCUCCAAGAUGGAUCGUCAGGAGAUCAUCGAGUCGCUCGCGCGCAAGCUGCACCUCGCGCCGAGCGUGGAUCUUGAGCAGCUCGCCGAGGACACCGAGGGCUUCUCUGGUGCCGACCUGCAGGCGCUCGUGUACAACGCUCACCUCGACGUUGUGCACGCGGUCCUGAACCGUCCCGAGGAGAAGAAGGAGCCCAAGGGCAAGGGCAAGGCCGUCGACAAGGGCAAGGGCAAGGCGGUCGAGAAUGGCGACGCCAGCCACCCCGACGCGGGCUCCGUCAUUGCCGGGCCAGUGUACAAGCAGCUCCAGCCCGAGGAGGCACCGACGACGAGCGCGAACCGUGCUGCGUUCUCAGAGAGGAUCGAGACCAUCGUCUCCUCCACGACAUCUCACAACCAGGAGACCGAGGAUGAGGUCAAGGCCGAAAAGAUGCCGACGCCCGUUAUCGAGGAGAGGCAUCUGCGCCAGUCGCUGCGCAACACCCGCGCGUCUGUCGCUCCCGCUGAGCGAGCCCGCUUCGCGCGCAUCUACCACGCCUUUGUUAGCGACCGAGGCGAUGGUGCGCAGAAUGGCGAGCCGGGGCGUGAGACGGGAACGAGGGCCACCCUUGGAUGA